AUGGAAAUCAUCAAGGUUCAUGUCCUACUUGCUGAAUUUCAACCAACCAUACACCAACCAGAUUCCUCGGAUGGGGACAUGGUUGCCAAGGAAGCAACACAAGUUGAUUUCAUCGCCACCGAAGAAGAUGAGCAAGCGAGUAAAGCCGACAAACUUAAAGCAGCUUUGGCCAUACUAUUUCCCCACUCUUCUUCAGUUCUUAUCUUUUGGGAUGGCAAAUCAGUUGUGGUUCAUCCGGCCGACAAUCAGCCUUUUGAAUCCAAUAUGAUUCAGGCACAGUAUUACGAUGAUCACGUCGGCUAUAUUGCCCUACAGGGUUUGAACGAGGAAGGACGGUCGACUCAAAUUUCGAUACAGAAAGCAAUCAAGGCAGGCGCCGAGAUUGUCUAUCAGGAAUCAGUGAGACUUGGGUUGGCUGAUCUGAUCGCAGACAUUGAUACAGUUCGAUCCGUCGAUUGGUUGGCAAACAUUGUCCCAAUUUUAAAGAAAAAUGGUGCUUUGUGUAUCUGUAUUGAUUUUCGAAAUUUGAACAUAGCAACUCCUAAAGAUAGGUAUCCAAUGCCAAUUUCAGAUUUAUUAAUCAACGUGGCAGCAAACCAUGAGAUCUUAUCCUUUAUGGAUGGACAUGCUAGUUAUAACCAGAUUUUCAUCACCAAGACUGAUGUCCAUAAGACUGCUUUUGAUUGCCUGGGGGCACUCGGCACAUACAAAUGGGUCAUCAUGCCAUUCAGCCUUACGAAUGCAGGUGCCACAUGCCAACGAGCCAUGAAUACUAUUUUCCAUGAUUUGAUUGGUACCACCGUCGAAGUCUACAUUGACGAUGUUGUAAUCAACUCACAACGUGGGCAGACAUAUUUGGAUGAUCUCCGUCAGGCUUUCCUGCGUAUGCACCAGCACAACUUUAAAAUGAAUCCUGCCAAAUGUGCUUUCGACCUAUCAGCCGGUAAUUUUUUAGGAUUCCUUGUACAUCAUCGUGGUAUUGAGGUAGAUGAAAAUAAGACCUGA